AUGGAGGCAUCUUCAGAAGGAAAGACUGACAGUCCUCGGAAAGCCUUGGCUCGUGGCCUCACCAGGUCUCGGGCAGAUGCAUGUUCCAGUGGCUUUGACCGCUACCGCCAGGAGUGGCUGGCCUACGGCUGUGCCCAGGAGGCUGAGGGCAGGACAUGCGAGGACUUCCAGGACGAGGACCACUACUCUGCCUCCCCCGAUAGCUCCUUCAGCCCCUUUGACCGAGACCUGUCCACCACCUCCUCCUCCCUCUCCAUUGACAGCCUCACCACGGAAGAUGACACCAAGUUGAAUCCCUAUGCAGGAGAAGACGGCCUGCAGAACAACCUGUCCCCCAAGACGAAGGGCCCCCCAGUGCACCUGGGCACCGUCGUGGGCAUCGUGCUGGCCGUCGUGCUUGUGGCGGUCCUCAUCCUGGCUGGGAUUUACAUCAACAGCCACCCCACCUCCAAUGCUGCCCUCUUCUUCAUAGAGCGGAGACCUCACCACUGGCCCGCCAUGAAGUUCUGCAACCACCCCAACCACUCCACCUACACCGAGGUUGAGCCCUCAGGCCAUGAGAAGGAGGGCUUCGUGGAGGCAGAGCAGUGCUGAAGUCUCCCCUUCGAAGGGUAGGAAACAAGACCCGGGGACCACAAAAAAGACGAGUCAAAGCAAAGAGGAGAAGUGACUUUUCCUGGCCUUGUCUGAGCAUG